UCCUUUGUCACAGAAAGAGCAGCAGAGCAGCAGAGACAACGCCAGCACAGGGAGCAGGCCUGAUUAGCAACGAUGGGGAAGAAAACUCGCCUCACAGGAGGAGCGGUCGGUCGUAGAACAAUAUUACAGCUUUCACCGCUCCGCACAGGGAAUGCCGGAGACAGGGAAGAAGCACCGUCUGGAUCUGAUGACGAGCAGGAGGGUGAUGGGCAUCGAUUCAUAAGAGAGAAACGUUUAAACAUGAAGGCUCCUGCAGUAAAGGCCACAGAGGGCCUGUCUCUUCUUGGAGCCUAUGAAGACAGUGAGGAGGAGGAUGCUGGAGAGUCUCAACAUUUAACUUCAAACUCUCAACAUAACCAGUCAGCUGACAUCGACAGUACACUGGCAAAUUUCAUGGCUGAAAUUGAUGCUAUUACCACUCAGCCAAGUUCAGAUGGUACAACAUCUCAACCUUCAGUCCCGACUCCCACCCCACCCAGACCUGAGGGGGAUAAUCAGCAGCCAUCUGCCAGUGACGGACAGAAUCAAACCACAGAUUUUGAGUACAAUACUCAAUAUUCACUAGCUGGAGUGGAUGUAGAGAUGGGAGACUGGCAAGAGGUGUGGGAUGACAACUCUGGUUGCUAUUACUACUGGAACACAGUGACUAACGAGGUGUCCUGGGAGCUGCCGCACUAUCUUGCUGAUCAGGUGCAAAGUCUGGGGAAGUCAAACAGCUCUAAUGUUAAUGGAAAUGGGACAGCUCAUGGAGGUCAUUACACAGAGGAAAACUAUGCACCUGCUGCAGCUCCAACAUCAGUGAAAGAGACUAAACCUAAGGAGGUAAUGGAGAGUGUCGUAGGACUUACAAGUGAAGAGGAGGAGCGCCACGGAGUGGCUGCAUCACUUCUUGGUCCUCUCAUCCCCUCAGAAGUGAAAGAAGCAGAAGAAAAAUGGAGAAAAAGAGUAAUUAAGGGUUUGGACGAGACUGAGAACAGUCAGGAUUCUGAGGGAGAGGGCGGACGUCCUGUUGGAUCUCCAGCUACCCCUCUGCGUGACACAGAAUCAGUCCCCACGGUGCAGAAAGAUAUUUCAAAGAAGCAGACAGGUGACAACUCCGAUGCUGAGGAGGAAACGGAGGAAGACACGGUGGAGCUGGAACUGGCUCUGGAGAGAAAAAAGGCAGAGCUCCGGGCACUGGAGGAGGGAGAUGCGAGCACGGGGGCUUCCAGUCCUUGUUCUGAGACGAGCCAAGAAGCUUCCGGUUCUCGUGGUGGUUUAGUGAAGAAAAACCGGUGGAAGACCGCCUUCCCCUCUACUGCCAGCCCUGAAUCUAACAGCAGAGGCUCAGAUAUACAGGACAGUACAGAGACUGUAGCAUGUCCUAAAGUCCCAGAGAAUGUUGCAGCAGGAGAAGACAUGGAAACAGACAACGCUGAGGAGAAAGCAGAUUCAAAACCUUCAGUAAAAGAAGAAGGGGAAACAGCUGAGCUCAAAGUGGAAACGCCUGAGCUGAAGUUUCAGAUUGGAGAACUGGCUAACACCUUAACUAGCAAGAUGGAGUUCCUGGGAAUAGACAAAAAAGCAAUCUCUAACUUCCAGCUCCUCCUGCUGCAAACUGAGACACGAAUCGCUGACUGGAGGGAGGGUGCUCUGAAUGGAGUCUAUCUACGCCGCAGGCUGCAGGAAGCUGCUGAACACAUAAAAUAUUACGAACUUAACGCCACCCCUAAAGGCUGGUCCUGCCACUGGGACAGAGAGCACAGGCGGUAUUUCUAUGUGAAGGACCGGAGCGGGGCCUCCCAGUGGGAUUUCCCAACAGAGGACGACAAGGAGGAGGAUCCAAAAGGCGCCCAGGGUACUGAGACACAGACGUCAAUGCAAGGGGACACUAAAACAUCUUCCACAUCUACUGGCGGGAUCACAGGAUCUUUUGCUUGUCCUGCCAUUGCCCCGCCAGUUCCCCCCCAGCCUUGUACAUUCUGGUCCCCAGCCCAACCUCCUCUCCCCGACAGCCCACCCCCACCCCCACCUCCCAGCUUGCCCCCACUGCCGCCUCUCCCACCAGACUCGCCUCCUCCACCUCCUCCUCCUCCUGACAGUGAGGGCGAGAUCAUGGAGGUGGAGAUGGAGAUGGAUGAUGAUGACGAUAAUGACGGGGAACCUCCAGCACCUGGAACUGAGGAAGACGGCAGUGGGAGGCCUCCUUUACCUCCAGGCACUGCUAACAUUAAGAUUGUGGAUUCAUCGGGCUCCUUGGGGAAGGGUCAGAAACGUAAAGCUAGUCAGCUAAAUAAAGCUAUUAUUGGCAGCAGUCCCAUUCUCUACACCCAGGCUCCUGCCAGUGCAGCUGCUAUUAUGUCAGCAGCAGCCUACUGGAGUAUGCCAGCUGUCUCUACCCCCUUGGUUUCUUGUGAGCCUCCGGCUCCACCUGUUCCAAUCCUGUCUCCUCAACCACCUCUGCCACCCCCCCAGCCCCCGUUUGAACCUCCGGUGCCCAAAGCUCCUCCCACAGACAAGACCAAAAAAGUUAAAAAGGACAAGUCUAAGAAGAGUAAGACGAAAAUGCCUUCUCUGGUGAAGAAAUGGCAGAGCAUCCAAAAAGAGUUGGAUGAGGAAGAAAAGAGCAGCUCCAGUGAUGAAGACAGAGAUCAGCUCAACAAAAAGAGUAUUGAAGACUGGAAGCAACAGCAGCUCCAGACAGGAAAAGCAUCAAAGAAUGCCAACUUUGAGGCACUUCCUCAAGACUGGCGGGAGCGAGUCAAGAAAAGGAAGAUGAACAGCACAUAACACCUGGCCUUUUUUCAUACACUAUUAACAGGACUUUUUUUCUUUCUGUUUUUUUAAAUCCACUCACACCUUUACCAUAAAGUCAUGAUAUCCCACUUCCGUCUCAUGUUUCUUGUUCACGUAAAGACAUUUAAAGGCCCUAACAUGGCAGGCCAUUCACAGAAAGGCAUUUGAAUGUCCUUUUAUGUUAUUUCUGUAACCACAGUUGUGCCAAGUGUCUUCAUUUUAUUUCUUCAACUCCAUGUAGAUGGCAGUCUUCUUUGUAAGGAAUUGUGUAUUUUACUGAGCAUUUUUUACAGCUGUGUACAUAGACAAUGUAUAAAUGAGUAUGCUCUGUUUUUUGGAGAAGAAUGAAUGUCACUCAACAUGUAUAUUUUGUAAAAAGUUAUUAAACGUUUUUUGCAA